ACAAAGGUUUCUUGCUUUCAGUAUGGAGAUGUGAGUAUGUAUGGGAUGCAGUCAUUUGUAACCUGAAAGAUUAGGUUGAACAGGAGCACACAUUAAUUUAACAGAGUGCUAGGCAAUGCACCGCAGCAUAAAAGAUGGCUCUAAGGCCAAUUGGCUGGAUAUGUGGGGAGAUGGUCAGGAAGUUUGCUGGACAAGCUGAGAUAAUACAGAGAGUCUUCCUGGAAGUUAUAGAUGAGAUAAGGGAUGAAUUCCCAAAUUUAUUGAGACUGUCAAGUUCAAACCAGCAAGAAGUUGUUGUGCAGGAGUCUGGGUCUGUGGUGGCCAAGGUAUUCUCUUCAGCUCAUGGAAUAGUGCUUGUGAAUGGGCUAAAUAAACUAUCCCGGUCUUCAAAAUCAAUUGCUAAGCUUUUGCAGCCACGACUUGCAAAAAAAUUUGCAGAGCUAAAAAUGAUUUCAAAACGUCUCUUGAAAAAUGUAAAUGCUUCCAACCAGCCUUUGUAUAAAAUGGGUGAUAGUACUCAGUUGUUUUAUGAUGUCAUUUCUUACCCAGCAAAAACCGCCCUCACUGGUGUAAUGUGUGCUUCUUACGCAGCACUAAUUUAUCUGGCAGUUGCCAUUAGUAAACUCCUGGAAAAAUUUAAAAAGAUUGCUCAAGGAGAAAAGACCUCCAGGGAAAGCAGCAGCAAUGGUGUCAAUGGAAAUGGACUUUCCAGAGCUGCUAACGCAGCAAGCUACUCUGCACCGUCUGCUACACAGCAAGUGCCUUCCGAGUGUAUCAUUAAGGCAUCAAGGAACACUGGCAGCAUCUAUACUCUACAUUCAGCACUGGAUUCAGAAAAUGAACAGAAGGAAGGAUCAGCAGAACAUAUGGAGAAUGAAAGAACAGGAAGGACACUGAUUUAAAAAUACAAACUUCAGGAA